UUUCUGUCCUCACAAGGAGAGUCAGGGAGGGAGGGGGUGAUGAUGCUGCAGACUGACGUUCCCCCUCAAAAGAAGAAGUUGUGGGGGGCCGGUGUGAGCGGGACAUGCUGGAUGAAGGACUCUACGCUGCACAUGAUCGGAGCCCCGCUGUGGUGAGCCGAGAUGAUUCCUGCGCUCAUCUGUGCUUUGGUGUCAGUCAGCGUGGCGGAGAACGCCUUAGACGUCCUGUACCCGGACCUGGAGGUCUCCAGAACCAUCUAUGUCACAGAGGAUGGCCCUCGACUCACACUGGUGGCAGAACAAUCCAAGGUGGUUUCAAGACGAGGCGGAAACGUGACUCUACCCUGCAAGAUCCAGAGGGACCAAUCUCUGGCACCCAGUCGUAAGAUGAGGAUUAAAUGGACCAAACUGACCUCUGACUACCUGAAAGAGGUGGACGUGUUUGUUGCCAUGGAUUACAAUAAAAAGAGUUUUGGGAGUUUCCAUGGACGGGUUCACCUUCAAAGCUCCUCUCCAGUGGAUUGUUCUCUGGUCAUCACAGACAUAACCCUGGAGGAUUAUGGGAAAUAUAAGUGUGAAGUCAUUGAUGGGCUGGAGGAUGGAACGGUGGUGGUUUCCCUGGACCUUGAAGGCGUCAUCUUCCCUUACUUCCCACGGCUGGGUCGCUACAACCUCAACUUCUACGACGCGGAGCGGGCGUGUCGAGACCAAGACGCCAUCGUGGCAUCCUUUGACCAGCUGUACGAUGCGUGGCGGGGGGGCAUGGAUUGGUGCAAUGCCGGCUGGCUGAGUGAUGGUACUGUGCAGUAUCCCAUCACCACCCCCAGAGAACCCUGUGGGGGCAAAGACACCACCCCAGGCAUUCGCAACUAUGGUGUGAGAGACAAGGACAAGAGUCACUACGACGUCUUCUGCUUCACCUCCUACCACACAGGUCGUUUCUACUACCUGAUCCAUCCUUCCAAGCUGACCUACGACGAAGCAGUGAGAGCUUGUCAAAAAGAUGGCGCUCAGAUCGCCAAGGUCGGCCAGAUGUUUGCCGCCUGGAAGCUGCUGGGCUACGACCGCUGCGAUGCAGGCUGGUUGGCAGACGGGAGUGUACGUUAUCCCAUUUCCCGCCCCCGGAGGCGCUGCAGUCCCACCGAAGCUGCGGUGAGGUUCAGCGGCUUCCCCGACAAGAAGCACAAGCUGUAUGGAGUCUACUGCUUCAAGGGCAACAACUGAGCGCCCAGGAGCUUUCUGCAAGCAGCUGCAAACAGUACACAAGCAUGCACCAAACAUCACAGCAGAGGACAGAAACAGGAGGUAUGGAGUCAAACUGUGAUGCUUUAGUUGUAGAAAAAGUGAUGCCAGCUGAGUCAUGUUUCUGAAUCUCACGAAGGACAGUUUACACAUCUGUAAUUAUUGAAUCAAGCCUUUUAGAGGGUCACCAUAACUACAGCCAUCCUGUCAUCCAGAGCCGGACUAGAAAACUGUGAAGACCUGACUGUUGGAGGAACUCGAUGUGCUUCGGUCAAACGCUGAACCACAGCUCCUCCUGUACGCGUCAGAAAACACGCCCAGCACAGCUAAGCCAUUCCUCGCCGUCCGAUCUGAACAAGGUGCUCCAACUGGUACUUUGUACUUCACCUGCAGUCCAGUAUUUGAUGUUUUUGUACAAGUCUUUUGGACCAAACAGAAAACAGGAAGUGUUUCAGUGUCAUGUCUUUUCUGUAGGAAGUGGUAAUCUAGAACAUGUAUUUCUGUUCAUUUGUGUUUUCAUGAAAAAAUGACUUUUGAUUUUGGUUUGUUGAUGCAAAAUAUCCUUUUUUUAUGCAUUAAACACAAUAAGAGUAGUGAGAAAGUUCAUGAUCUAACAUAUAUAACUUACAAUCAAUGUCUUAAAAAAGAAAAUGUCAGUUUGAUCUUUGUAGCAGCAGAAAAUGAAAAGCAUGAACAAAAAAACGAGAUGCUAAAAGAACGGAUUCUUCUACAAAGAAAUCUGCGGCUGUUUCUCUGUUUGGCUUUGGUUUCAGAGCACGUCUAGCUAUUGUAGAGUAGAUUCAAGUACAGUAGAUUAUCAACUUUCACUCUUGUUUUAUCCAAAUAUGGAAUCCUCCCAGUUGAAUACAUUGAGCCCGGCUUUACCCUUUAAUCUAUUUUGCUAUAAAGCGAGUUUAAUCCCUGACUUAUAUCAAAUACACACAUUUCUCAAAUUUUACGAUUCUGUAAAUGUUAACUCUGACAGUAGAGGGAAAAAAUGCUUUAAGUUGGAGUUAAAAUAAAUAAAAAAAGUUGUUCUUGUUUCUGCCGUGUGGUUUAAAAUCUACAGAGUUCAAAGAUACAGAAAAUAAACCGAGUGGAGCCUCAGAAAACGUUCAGUCGUCUGAAGAAAACGUGGAUUUUGAGGCCAUGAAUUGGAUCUGUAAUUUCUGGCAUUUCAAAGUUCCUCUCCAAAAAAAAAAAGAGCAAAACUCGACAUUUUCUCUGUUUUAUUUGGGUUGUCAAGAAAAAAAUCAAAAUGAUAUUAACUGUUUGCUUAGACUUUUCCUGUUUAGGUGCAUCGUUUUCUUAUUUCUCCUUGUAAAAACAAUCUUUAAUGGGACAUAGAAAAUAAAAAACUGGUUAAGAUCUUAUCAUUUUCAACAGGUGAUUGUCCUAUUUGACUAAAAAUGAAACUCAAUAUGAAAAAGUCAACAGACAGUGAAAGAUCACUUAUGAUCCUGGAAGAUCAUCUGAUUUAUAGCGUAGAUGUUUGACCAAACUGCACAGAAAAACAUUCUUACUGAUCUCAAACAGAGGUCAGGUCAAAGGAAAGCACGCUGCGUAUUCACACGGACAGUUUGGUCGACGAGCUGGAGCCUUAAAGCUCACGUCUCCUCAAGAUGUUGAUCAACCAGAGCUCGCUGUGAAAGAACAAAAGGCCAAUACUCCAUGUGCUUCCAUGUAAGGAUGUCAGAGUCGACUCACUGGAGCCGGUCUGAUGGGAUUUAUGUUCUGCUGCCUGAUUUACUCUCUAAAAACAUAAAUAAAAAAUAAUUGAAAGCAUUGCAACGCUCUUUCAUAAACACUCUGCACUGAUCAGCUGUCAACUAUCAGCUGGCAGCAAACGUGUCGUUCAACUAAAGUUUUAUUUCUGUUAAAAACACAUCAUACACAGUUGUUUUCUGUGAGCUGACCGGUCGUAAACAUGUAAAGUUAGGUUUGAAUAACAAGCAUUGUCGUUACUUUUUUUUUAAAUCUCAUCUUUUUCCCAAAGACUUUCCUGACUGUCGAAUCUUUUAAUUUCACUUUAGAGACAGAAAAGUGGUGCAGCAUAUUUUUAUCUGACAUUUCUGAACAGUUCUUUUCUCCAAAGUCUUACCAGAUCAUUCAAAAAGCAAAUAUUGUUUGUACCUGCAGCUGUGAAACAAUCUUGGGUAAAGAGAAAAGAAAAAUAAAACAAUACCCAAACCACGA